UCUCAUCAAAACAAGAGAAAGUGUUGCAAGAGGUGUCAUAAGAGUGCGAACUGGUUUGGAACGGAACGCUUCCAAAGGGAUUCUAGCCGCUCUUCUAAAAGCGACGCAGAAACGAGGAAAAAGUGUCAAAGAGGAGCAGAAUACGAGUAAAUAAGACCGUAAACCGCGGGUCAGACAAGAACCGGAGUGGACUGAGUCCUAACAGAGCAUCUCCACGGUCCGGCCCGGUCCGUGCUCCCCCCGCGGCCGCUGCAGGCUCCCCCGGACACCAUGGUUUGCGCUCCUGCGGACAGAUGGGAGAGCGGAGUCUCCUCAGCCGAGCUGGAGUGAGCAGAGUGCGGCGGUAGACGAGCGUAGGCAGCGUGUCUCUCCCAAACAAGUUUCCAUUGUCUCCAGCCAACCUCCCGAAAGAUGGGACACCCUCCUCUGGAGUUCAGCGACUGCUAUCUGGACAGCCCGGACUUCAGAGAGACCCUCAAGUGUUACGAAGUGGAGCUGGACAGGACGAGCAAAUUCCUCAAAGAAGUGAUCAAAGACGGCAACAGUGUGAUCAAUUCAAUCAAGGCAUAUUCUUUGGCAGUCCAGAAGUUUUCUCAGACCCUCAGCGUGUUCCAGUUUGACUUCAUUGGCGACUCCCUCACAGAUGAUGAAAUCAACAUCGCUCAGUCCUUCCAAGAGUUUGCGGGACUCCUGCAGGAAGUGGAGCACGACAGGAUGAUGCUGGUUCAGAACGCGUCCGAUCUGCUCAUCAAGCCUCUGGAGAAGUUCAGAAAGGAGCAAAUCGGAGCAACAAAGGAAAAGAGAAAGAAGUUUGAGAAAGAGAGUGAGAAAUAUUACUCCCAGUUAGACAAACACCUGAAUCUUUCCGCCAAGAAGAAAGAGAGUCAACUUCAAGAGGCUGAUGAACUCGUAGAAAAGGAGCGUCUGAACUUCUACGAGUCGUCGGUGGAGUAUGUGUACCAGAUCCAUCAGGUGCAGGACAGGAAGAAGUUUGAUGUGGUGGAGCCGGUGCUGGCUUUUCUUCACAGCGUUUUAACGCUCAACAACCUGACAGUGGAGAUGACUCAGGACUUCAUGCCUUACAAACAGGAGCUGCAGCUCAGCUUGCAGAACACAAGGAACCACUACGAGAGCACUUGUGAGGAGUUGGAGGAGCUGAUGAAGCGAAUGAAACAUCGAUCGCAGGUCUGUAAAAUGCAGAGUUUCCUGCCGAUGGAGGGCUAUCUGUACUGUCAGGAGAAAUGGGCGCUGGGCAUGACGUGGGUCAAAUAUUAUUGUAAGUAUCACAAAGACGGGAGGCUGAUGGUCAUGGUGCCUUGUGAACAGAAGCCGACAGUCAAGCAGGGCCCCACGCAGCUCACCCUGAGGUCCUGCAUUCGCCGCAAGACGGAGUCCAUAGACAAGCGCUUCUGCUUCGAUGUGGAGACUAUCGAGAGAAACGGACCCGUCACUUUCCAAGCUCUUUCAGAGGGAGACAGAAAGUUGUGGAUGGAGGCCAUGGAUGGGAAAGAGCCUAUUUAUCAUUCCCCAAUUCACAAGCAGGCUGAAAUGGAACUGAACGAAAUUGGAUUCAAGUUUGUGCGAAAGUGCAUCAACUACGUCGAGGCCAAAGGAGCCACACAAGAAGGAGUGUACCGAACAGUUGGCAGCAACAUUCAAGUGCAGAAGCUUUUAAACGCCUUCUUUGACCCUUCAAACCCCGGAGAUGUGGAUCUGCACAGCAUCGACUGGGACGUUAAAACGGUCACCAGUGCCUUGAAGUUUUAUCUGAGGAGUCUGUCUGAACCUCUGAUGACCCACAGUCUACACAGGGACCUCAUGUGUGCUGCAAAAUCAGACAAUCUUGACUCUCGACUGAGUGAAAUUCACUCGCUCGUCUACAAACUCCCAGAGAAGAGUCGGGAAAUGCUGGAGAUGCUCAUUAAACACUUGGUCAACGUGUGCAGCCACAGCGAUGAAAACCUGAUGACUCCGUCAAACAUGGCGGUUAUCUUCGGACCCACGCUCAUGAGGGCGAAGGAGGAGACGGUAGCGGCCAUGCUGGACAUCAAAUUCCAAAAUAUCGUGGUGGAGAUUCUGAUCGAGGAGCACAAAAAGAUCUUCAGUUAUAUGCCAGAGGACAGCGCUGCCCCACCUGUCCCUCCUCCGCGGAUCACCCCGAGAAAGCGGCAACCCAUCACAAUCUCCAAGCGGCCGGCUCGUGUUUAUCAAGCUCUUAGUCACGACCACUUCCAGCACACAGAGAACGGCCAGAACGACGCCUCCAGUAAUGACGGGGACGCCCCGGCGGGCCCCGUUCGCCUGCAGCGGGCCAGACCGGUGGGCCUCGCUCCGCUGGCCCCCAGAGAGCCGCCUCCGAGACAGGCGCUGAUGCCCAAACCGGGGCUCCGCCCGGACAGGCCGGCCGAGCCGGAGAGCGCCAGACCGAGGCCGGACUCCUCCCCCGCCGCGCUGAACGGGGAAGCCGGCGUCUACGUGAGCAGAGUGGCGUCCUUUCAGAGCAGGAAGCCGCCUCCCAGAGGCACGCCGGCCGGCAGAGAAGGAGAUUCUGACGGCCUGACGAGAACGAAGUCGGAGAAGCACGCCAUUUGUCGGCCCCCUGUCCGGCCUCCCGAGCCUCCGUCCAGAUUUCCCCCUCCACAGAAGCCCCCGACCGCAGCCGGCAGCGAGGGCACGCCCACAUCCUACGUCGCGUCCAAAACCAAGUUUUUUGAGAAUGCCUCCAAACAAGUGGGCAGUCCAUCGACCUCUCCGCCACCAUCAGUGUUAAAAAAGGAGAACUGACGUUGAGGUGACUCAGACCGCAUCAUGUGACCUCGACAAGGGGGCCAGUAUGGAGCUGGAGGAGGCGGUGGGCGGGUGGCGGAGGGACCACCGGCGGACUCCAGCGAGAAAGAGAUUCUCCGUAGAACUGAAUGGGUUUUCAUUUUCGAAGGCGAGAAUCCCGCUGUACGGCGACACUGUAGCAAAACCGCCUUUUGUGUGCGCUCACACACAGUAACCGCUUGAUUGUCAUUCCAAAGUUAAGCUGGAGUAAAAGUUUUUCUCAUUCCUCGCCAGUUUUCUCCCCCCCCAAAAAAAAAAGAAAA